UUUUGAGUCCUCAGUACGUCUGCAUUAUACAAGAUCUCCCUUCCACCUCCCGUGUCUGACCAUGUUUGAAACCCGCCUCUGCGGCGCUUGUGGCGAGCCUGCUACCGGGGUUGCCGGCAUUUCCCAGAGCUGGUACGAAACCUGUCCGGGGUGCGACGCAAUCAACAAUGGCCUUACAAUGUGUGAUGUGUGCAUGGAAGGCGAUGAGGAGAUUGAAGGGGUCUGCUGGAGGUGCAACGAUGAAGAAUGGAUCCGUUGUUCUUAUGAAUGUGAGAAUGGGUAUGUACAAAGGGUUGAGCGGUGUCCUAGUGAGAUGCAUUGUGAUCACUGGGAGUAUGAGGAUGACUGAGGGUUUAGGGCAUUAUAUGGUAGUUAAGGAUCCCUGUCUUGUCAGGGCCUAGGACUCUUUCGAUGGGCUAUCGUCAGAUGUAUGGAGAUGUGAAUACAGUCUCUGUGCUUUGUUCCUUGGCCUCUAUCUUCCAGAAGCUCGUUCUAGAUGCACUUUUUGGUCUAUCCUUGAGUCUGGAUUAUUCUGCACAGAACUCACAGUCCAUACU